AUGCGCCAAGGGUUCGCGAGGGCGCUGGUGCCCUACUAUCCGGUAGCCGGUCGCAUCGCGGAGCCCUCCCCGGGCGACCUCGUGGUGGACUGUACCGGCGAGGGCGUCUGCUUCGUGACACAGGUGGUCGAGAUCUCGCCGGAGAGCAUCCUGCGAAUCAAGGACGAGUUCAAGGCCGCCACGGGGGAGACCUGCUCCACCUUCGACGCGGUGACGGCCGUGGUCUUCAAGUGCCGUGCGCUGGCGGUGGAGCUCGCCGACGCCGCUGAAGUCCGCCUUGGCUUCGCCGCCAGCACGCGGCACCUCCUUCAGGGCGUGCUGCCGUCAGUGGAUGGCUACUAUGGCAACUGCGUGUACCCGGUCGGGAUCACCCGGAGCAGCAAGACCAUCCGGGAGGCACCACUGCCCGAAGUGGUCGGCGUAAUGCGAGAGGCCAAGGAGGCGCUUAAGGUGAGGUUCACGGACUGGAUGCACGGCGGCGCCAAGGAUGACCACUACAACGUGCCGCUGGAUUACGGCACCGUGACGGUGUCGGACUGGAGCCGCGUUGGCUUCAACGAGGUGGACUACGGCUUCGGCGAGCCUGGAUAUGUGUUCACGCUCAACGACGACGUCAACAUCGUUGCGUCGGUGAUCUACCUCAAGCCCCCGGCGCCCAAGCGCGGGAUCCGGCUCAUGCUCCGCUGUGUGGAGGAGCCACACGCCGCUGUGUUCGCCGACGAGCUUGCCAAGUACGCUUAG